AUGGGUGCUCUCCUCUCGAUCCCGCUGCUGGCGGUCCCCAGCUUGGGCACUGUCUGCCUCCCUGACUCUUGUGCCACGGCCUCUGACUGACACUUGCGCAGGUCCUAUCCUUUGCAGCCAGCUGUUGCGGCGCAGCCACCUGCUCCAUGGUGUGCAGUGCCUGCGGGAAAUGCGGCAACAGUGUCGCAACCCGUAUCGCAUACGCCCUGAUCCUCCUCAUCAACUCAAUACUAUCAUGGAUCAUGCUCACGAAAUGGGCCGUCGAGAAGCUGCAGCACCUGAUGUUGGACUACGUCAAGAUCAAGUGCGGCGACGGCGACUGCUACGGCUGGCUGGCCGUCCACCGCAUCAACUUCGCCCUCGGCAUGUUCCACCUCGUCCUGGCUGCCCUCAUGCUCGGCGUGCACUCCUCCAAGAACCCACGCGCCGCCAUUCAAAACGGCUACUGGGGCCCCAAGAUCAUCGCCUGGCUGGGCCUGAUCGUCCUCACCUUCUUCAUCCCGGACACCUUCUUCCAGUUCUGGGGCAACUACAUCGCCAUGGUGUGCGCCAUGAUGUUCCUGAUCCUCGGCCUGAUCCUGCUGGUCGAUCUGGCGCACAACUGGGCCGAGUACUGCCUCGCCCAGAUUGAGGACACCGAGUCCAGGACGUGGCGCAUCAUCCUGAUCGGCUCGACCCUGGGCAUGUACCUCGCCUCGCUGGCCAUGACCAUCGUGCAGUACAUCUUCUUCGCCUCGAGCGGCUGCUCCAUGAACCAAGCCGCCAUCACCAUCAACCUCCUUCUCUGGAUCGCCAUCUCGGUCAUCUCGGUUCACCCCACCAUCCAGGAACACAACCCGAAGGCCGGUCUCGCCCAAGCCGCCAUGGUCGCAGUCUACUGCACCUACCUGACCAUGUCGGCCGUGUCCAUGGAACCCGACGAGACUGAGGACCGCCGGUGCAACCCGCUCGUCCUCGGCCAGGGCACCCGCACCACCACCGUCGUGGUCGGCGCCAUCGUGACCAUGCUGACCGUCGCCUACACGACGACCCGCGCCGCCACCCAGAGCCUCGGCCUCGGCGGCUCCUCCUCCUCCUCGGGCCAAAUUCGCCUGCCCGACAGCGAAGCAGACUACGAGCACGACCUGGUCGUGACGACGCAGCCCUCGGCCCGCAGGCAGAUGCGCGCCGAGGCCCUCCGCCGCGCCGUCGAGGAGGGCAGCCUGCCUCCGGACGCGCUGCUAUCCGACGACGACAACGACUCGGACGGCGGGAACAACAAUAACAGCAAUACGCGCAACGACGACGAGCGCGCCAGCACGCAGUAUAGCUAUGCCAUGUUCCACGUCAUCUUCUUUCUGGCUACCGCCUGGGUCGCGACGCUCUUGACGAUGGACUGGGAUGAUGACAAGAGGGGCAGCGAGAACUUUGCGACUGUGGGGAGGACGCUGUGGGCUAGCUGGGUCAAGAUUGUUAGCUCGUGGGUGUGCUAUGCCAUGUACGUCUGGACGCUCGUCGCGCCGGUCGUGUUGCCCGAGCGGUUUGAGUUUGAAUAGGGGAAGAGUAGAUCACCGGUAGAUGGUGCGUCAUGUUUUGGGUUUGGUUGCGGGAAAGUUGUUUAUUACCAUUUUCUGGAUCAGGUUAGUGUUCAUGGGCGAGCCGUUUCUGGCCGGGGCAGUAGUAUACGUUCGGUUGUAUCGCCACGGACU